CAAAGAUCGAAAAUAGCACAUAUCUUCAAUCACGAACCUAAGCGGCCCACCUGGCCAGUUAUGCGGACCACUCUGUCGUCAUGACUAUCCGCUCUUCCCUUCGGCCACGGCGCGGAUCUCCUGCAAUCAACCUCGGGAAAUGACAUCCGAGGCGCAACCAUACGAUGACGAGCUACCUGAAGAGGUCGGGAAGAGGAGCGCCGAAGCAGCAACUGAUCACGCAUCACUCAAAUAUUCGCUACUGGGCCCCUCCCUGACCAAGGCCGGCCAGGACUCGGUUGACCAAUCCAAGGUCUCGGAGAUCAUCUACAAUGUAUCUAAGGGUUCCAAAUUUUUUAAUCAUGAAGAAGCCAGGGAUAGGUCCCUCACCGCCAAGAUCGAAGGCAUCCUGGCCAAGAAGCGCCAGCUUGAGACGCUGGAUCUCUCUCGGGAGCUCCGGGCAGCCGACAACCUGCUCGCUCAGCUUGAGCUGUCCCGCGAUCUGUCACAGUACAUUGUGCAUAUUGACUGCGACGCUUUCUAUGCCGCUGUAGAGCAGCUGGACCAGCCAGGGCUGAAGGACGUUCCCUUUGCCGUCGGCGGUGGUGUCUUGACCACUUGCAACUACGUCGCUCGCAAGUUCGGCUGCCGGAGCGGUAUGGCCAGCUUCGUGGCAAAGAAGCUGUGUCCUGAGCUGAUCGUUCUUCCUCUCAAUUUCGAUAAGUACAACGCAAAGGCAGCGGAAGUGCGGGAGAUUCUGGCGACCUACGACCCGCGAUUCGAGAGUGCUAGCAUCGACGAGGCCUAUCUCAAUAUCACCGAGUACUGUCUCAGGCAUGACAUGGACCCUGCUGAUGUGGUCUCUCAUAUGAGGAGGGAGAUUCAUGAGAAGACGCACAUCACCGUUUCGGCAGGCAUCGCAGCGAAUGCGCGACUUGCCAAGAUCUGUUCCAACAUAAACAAGCCUAACGGGCAAUACGUCCUGCCUCGCGAUCGGACUGCUAUUAUGGACUUCAUGCGUGAUCUCCCCUGCCGCAAGGUGAAUGGCAUUGGAAGAGUGCUGGAGCGCGAACUCGGGUCGGUCGGCAUCAAGACCUGCGGUGAUAUUUAUACCCAGCGGCAGUAUUUGGAUCGUCUUUUUGGCCAGAAGACAUAUGAGUUCUUGCUCCGCUGUUACCUCGGCCUGGGACGUACGAACAUCCAGCCCGCCGACGAGUACGAGCGCAAGAGUGUGGGUACCGAGAGCACAUUUCGAGAAAUGAGCGAUCCAGUUCAGCUGCGGGAGAAGCUACGGCGGACGGCAGAAGAACUCGAGGCAGAUCUGAAGAGGGCCGAAUGCAAAGGCCGAACGCUCUGCUUAAAGGUUAAGCUACACACCUUUGAAGUCCUUACGCGGCAAGUUGUGCCGCCGAAGGCCGUAUGCCUGGCAGAUGACCUGUACAAAUACUCGCUACCCAUGCUAGCAAAGCUGGAACAAGACAUCCCCGGUUUGAAGUUGCGUUUAAUGGGGCUUAGAUGCACCCAUCUCGUCAGCACGAAGAAGCUGGAUGCGAGAGCCUUCUUCGGGCUGAGGCCACAGGACACCAGGUUCUCCGAACAGGCAGAGGAAGCCAGUCGUCCUGAGAUUGAGAGACUCGGUGGGGAUGAUACGCGGGAGCAAUCGCCUCAGGAUCGGGUUGUAUCUCUCGCCGGCGGUGGCGUGGGCUCUCGACGGCAUGGGAAAGAACGAGUACCUAACCCGACAAACGAGGAGCAUCCGACAGCCAAAGCAGAACUCUGGGAUUGCCCCGUCUGCUCCAGGCCGCAGCCGGCAGAAGAGCGGCAGUUCAACGAGCAUAUUGACCUUUGUUUGUCGCGACAGGCAAUCAGGGAUACCAUUCAACAAGAAGCAACUGCGCAGCAACCACAGCAGCAACAGUUCGAGAGGGGCAUGCCAGGAGUACAGAAAGCUAAGGGGAAGAAAAGGGGGCGGCCACUAGCAUUGGCAGACCCUAGGCAAAAAAAGCUUUGUUUCGGAUGAGGUUUGGUUGAGGGCAAUAUCCAGUAGCCUCGUAGGAUUGAUGAUUGAAGACUUCAACGUCACCCGCUUUCUCGCUGGUCGGCCGUGUCCGGAUCCUG